GUAUGGGUCGUGGCUGGUGUGGACCGUGCGCCUCCUAGACGUCACUGUGAUGUGUGUGCACGUCCUUCCACCGAAAUAAUUAAGAAAAUCGGUUUUUCGCUCAGUUCAGUUCUCUUGUGCGCUUGUGUAGUCCUCCUUAACAUCCCGUGCGAUAGAGCAGUUUUUUGAGUGCUUCAACAAAUUUUUUAAACCGAAAGAUGCUCAAACCAUCCCAUUUAUUCAAUUUACCCAUCAAACUCGUCUAUUUAUAAACCGUUCAUUAAACAAAACUUCCAGCGAAGUAGCCGACGAUGGCAACCCCCCACAAGAAGUCAUGGAAGCUCCAGGAGCUCAUGGCCCACGACGCCAAAGUCAAUUGCCUCUCUCUGGGGCACAAGUCGGGCCGCGUGAUGGUGACAGGGGGCGACGACAUGAAAGUCAACCUGUGGGCCAUCGGCAAGCACACCUGCUUCAUGAGUCUCAGCGGCCACACAACCCCCAUAGAGUGCGUCCAAUUCAACCAGUUUGAGGAGCUAGUGUGCGCCGGCUCGAGGGCCGGGGCCCUCAAAGUGUGGGACUUGGAGGCGGCCAAGCUGGUCCGCACCCUCAACGGCCAUAAAAGCGCCCUCAAGUGUGUGGAUUUUCACCCGUAUGGCGAUUUUCUAGCGUCUGGGAGCUCCGACUGUUCCAUCAAAAUGUGGGAUAGUCGCAAGAAGGGCUGCAUUUACACCUACAACGGCCACAAGGCCACCAUCAACAGUCUGAAGUUCAGCCCUGACGGGCACUGGAUCGCCUCAGGGGGCGACGACGCCACGGUGAAAAUCUGGGACUUGAGGGUUGGGAAGGUCCUGAAGGACUUUGGGGAGCAUUUGAAUUCGGUGACUUGUGUCGAGUUCCAUCCGCAUGAGUUCUUGCUGGCAUCGGGAAGUGCCGACCGAUCUGUGCAGUUCUACGACUUGGAGAAUUUUUCGGUGGUGUCGAGUGAGAGGGACUUGGGGUUGGUGCGGUGUUUGUGCUUUAAUCCCGAUGGGGAGAGGCUGUUUGUGGGACUUAGGGAUUACUUGAAGGUUGUGGGUUGGGAGCCCAACAGACUUUUCGACUCGGUGAUGGUUAAUUGGAGUGGCGUUGCCGAUAUUUCCAUCGCUCAAAAUCAACUGGUCGGCGCUUCCUUCCACCUAACCAACGUCCAGGUCUACGUCGUCGACUUGAACAAAGUACACCCUUUGAAUUCCUCAACGGAAACACCCCCGAGUCCUUUCACACCUAACCAGAGUAUCAGAAAGAGUUUUUCGAAAGCGGAACGACCGGUCAGUUUGAAAAACCGAUCACUGGACGUCAAAACGAUAGAAGAGAGCACCUCGGGGACCGAUCCGGAGGAAGAAUCCACGGCCGAAGUGACGAAUUUAACGGAUUAUAACGAAAUAUUCAAGGGGCGAGGACUGACUCGGACACCGCCUCCGCUCGAACAACCUGAGCCGUUUCAAAGGCCUGAACAUGACUAUUCGGACCCGACUGAACCUCAGAUCUUGGCCGAAAUUCCAACAGACAAUUUCGAGGCUCUCUCCCUGGACAACAACAUCAACUGUUACUCACCACCGCCUGCGUUCACUUCUUCACAGUAUUCCCGUUCAAAGUCCAAUCUGGAUCAGGUCUAUGUCAGCAGGCUGACGAAGCAACAAGACCGCGAAAAUAACAUUUCCAAUAUCAAUAAGAAUAAAAAUCAAUUGACCACUCCAAGGUAUUAUCUUCAGAGGCAGAGCAGUUGUAAAGAUGUGCCUGAAAAUGCGCCCAAAGCGAACAACAGUAUUAUUAAACAUAGCGUCUCUGAUGCCAAUAUCAGCAAGAGUAGUAUAUCGUCAAGGAACUCAUCGAGAAAGAAUUCCUUUUCAAGACCUAGUCGGAACUCUACUAGUGUACCUAAUGUUUCGAAAAUUCCCAGCGCUAGGAAUAGCGAAAAAGUGGCACCGGUUAAAACCUACAUUACACCGACCCCUGAAGAUGUGUUUGUUAGUUCGAAACUUUCGCCAGAUAGUCCAUCCGAAGAAGUGGAGUUUGUUCCGAUGUCGAUGGACAGACCGGCAGGACUGGACUUGGACGAUUUUCUUCCGAAAAACCAUCGAACGCUUGGCUUCGAGCAACAACUGCCAGAUAUGUCCGAAGCUGAAGUGUUGGGGGCUCUGGUGAGGGGUCACGAGCCGAUGAUGGCAAUGUUGGUGACUCGUCAGAGGAGUUUGAAAGUGGUUUUGGCUCAAUUGAGGAGUAAGGAUAUUAAGACAGCGACUGAGACUGCAGUUGUGAUGGGUGAUUUGGCCGUUUUGGUCGAUUUGUUAGGAGUUUUUAAUUGUAAAUAUACGUUGUGGAAUUUGGAUUUGUGUGUGCUGAUUUUACCCAAGAUUCAAGAAUUGCUUCAGAGUAAAUUUGAAACGUACGUGACGACGGGUUGUAACACCCUCAAGCUCAUCCUGAAGCAUUUCGGGCCAGUGAUCAAGAGCAACGUUCAAUCCCCGGUGGGCAGCUUCGGCGUCGACAUUCCUCGCGAGGAGCGUUACAACAAAUCGGUCAAGUGCCACGAAGUCUUGCAAAACUUGCGGACUUUUCUCGUCAAAAAACAGUCAAUGCCCGGUUCAGUGGGCUCCACUUUUCGCGAAAUCAGUACUUUAAUUCAGAACACCUUCGACUGACGAAAGCCCAAACUGACUCACCAGAACCGGAGUGUUUGAGAAGUGUCUCGAAAUUUUAACAUGUGAUUGCGUAUUGGAAGAAAAGACUAGAAAUUCCGUCCAGUUUGCUAGGAGUAGAGGACUAACGGUUUAUGAUACUUAACGAAGUUACUAAAAGGUAGUUUUAGAUAAUUUAUUUCACUAAAGAAGACUUAGACGACGACGAGCGGUUGAUGGUGCGAUUUUUUCUUGCCUGUUUUAACAUGUUUUGUGCCAUUUUGUUUUAUUUGUUUCUCCCGAACGAGUUCUGAUGGCGGAAUUAACCUCAAUUUAUGUCUUUUUUACCUACACUAGUGCUUAAUAAACCAAACUAUUGUAACAUAAUUUAUAAUAAAAAAGUGAUUAUUAAUA